AUUGUAUCAAUUAUAAUGAUUUCUUCUAAUUCUCCAGUGUGGUCUGACAUCGAUCUCAUCGCUCAAGCUGUUUUAUUUUUCAUUGCUGGAUUUGACACCGUAUCAAUAGCGAUGUCCUUUACUUUGGACGAGCUGGCAAUGCAUCCUGAAGUCCAGGAUCGCCUGGUAAAAGAGAUCAAGAAGUAUGAUGCCAAAAAUGGCGGAAAACUAAACUUCAGUUCCAUCCAGAAUAUGGCAUACUUAGACAUGGUAACGUCCGAAGCACUUAGAUUAUGGCCUCCAAUUUUAGCCCUCGAUCAAGUUUGUGUUAAGGAUUAUAAUAUGGGAAAACCUAAUCCUUCGACGAUCAAGGAUUGCAUUGUAAAAAUACUUACAAUCCCAAUUUGGAAUAUCCACCGUGAUCCUAAAAUAUUUCCGAACCCAAACAAAUUUGACCCUGAACGAUUUUCCGAAGACAACAAGCACAAUAUUAAUCCCAUGACAUACAUGCCCUUCGCUAUUGGUCCACGAAAUUGUAUAGGUUCAAGAUUUGCUCUAUGCGAGCUAAAGGUAUUGCUUUACCAAAUUCUGCUUCAUAAUGAAGUAUCAAUAUCAGAAAAAUCUCGUUUUCCUGUGAAACUGGCACCCGAAUCAAUGAAUCUUAAAAUUUAUGGCGGUCAUUGGUUAAAAUUUAAGUCCCGUAAUAAAGUUUUAUUUUCAUGUAAAUAUCAUCAUCGUCGUCAUCAGUCCGCGUUCCUCUACUGCUGGAAAUAUGCCUCUCAUUGAGCACAUCAUUGAGUUUGAUCUA